AAUUCAUUAUGGCCUUUUUUUAGAUGUCCACACAACGAAAAUCUAUUGUGAUAUUUAAGCAAAAUAUUACUUAUUUUAAAAAAUCAUGGAAUCUGUUGGAAAUAAUGACGCCAAUCGUGACGAAUUAAUCAUUCAGCAGCAGCGUGAAAUUGAAAAAGAGAUCAGUGAUUCAACGCCGCUUGUGAGUGGUCAACUGCCGUUGACUUGCCUGCGUGAAGAAUACAAUGGCGAUGAAAUAUUCACAGAGAAGAUUCGUGAAUUAUCGAAAAAAUAUAAAUUCAUUCGACGCACUCGUCCCGACGGCAACUGUUUCUUUCGCGCAUUUGCCUAUUCGUAUUUGGAGUAUUUGAUUACCAAUAACACUGCUUACCAGGAAUUCAAAAUACUCGCUGAGGCCUCCAAGGACAAACUGGUCCAGCUUGGCUUUCCAAGCUUCACACUGGAAGACUUCCAUGAAACUUUUAUGGAUGUGAUCAAGCGCGUGAAUCCCACAAAUUCUGAAGAGAAUGAAAAGGUUAAAAAUGAACUACAUACAGUAUUCAAUGAGCAGGGUUAUUCCGAUUAUGUCGUCGUCUAUUUGCGUUUAAUCACAUCUGGCAAAUUGCAAGAGGACGCCGAUUUUUAUCAAAAUUUUAUCGAAGGCGAUUUCUCAAUUGAGGAGUUCCGUCAUCAGGAAGUCGAACCGAUGUACAAGGAAUCGGAUCACAUACAUAUCAUCGCACUGUGCACAGCGCUCGGAGUUGGUGUGCGAGUCGAGUACCUGGACCGUGGCGAAGGGGAUCAGGUCAAAGCCCAUGAUUUCCCCGAGGGAUCGGAGCCAAAGGUUUAUCUUAUCUAUAGGCCCGGCCAUUAUGACAUUUUAUAUCCAAACUGAUGUUGAUGUCGACCAACAAGCAUGAUUGAUCUGUAUAUCUCUCUGUGUGUGUGUGUUGCAACUGUAUAAUAAUGCAUAAUACUGUUGUAGACCUUUAGUCAAGUAAAUAACAAACAUACAACCACAACAAAAAAAAAAUAUAUAUUAUUCCGUAAACUACCUAUUUCACGAGAACAAUUCUUAAUACAUUUGAAAAUACUGUGCAACAACUUUUGGCAGAUUUUGCGUAGAUUAACGUGAAUCGAAAUAUCUCAGGUUAUUGAAGACUGUUUUGCAUAAGUAAUUUAAUUUCAUUAUUUGUUUCUUUGGUGUAACUAUUUAAGUAUAUAAUCGCCUAAUUAUAGCGUCCACCAUACAUAUAUAUAUAUACCUUAAAAUUUCAACACUUCCGCGUAUAAUAUCCAAUAAUAACAAUCUGUUUUUCGCCCUCAACUAUUUUAAGCAAAUUCUCAUUGAAUAUAUUUUUAAACGCGAAAAGGAAAAGUCUGCUUAGCUCUGCUUGGACCAGAAAGUUAGUUGUUAGAGGUCCUGUAAAAUGAGAAUGGAUAACGUAAUCUCAUUCCGGCAAACACAAAAAAUAAACAACAUAUAUGAUAUACCACUAAAA